AUAAUUAGGCCCACUUAGAAGAAAAUGCUAGGGUUUUCCAAUUUGUCGCUGUAUAUAAUAAAUUUGCCUUUCACCAAGUGUUUGUAGCGGCUGCUGAGAGAGAGAAAAAUGGCAACACCUCAAGUGAAGACUGGUCUGUUCGUUGGUCUGAACAAAGGACACGUCGUCACCAGACGCGAGUUGGCUCCUCGUCCCAACUCUCGCAAAGGGAAAACGAGCAAGAGGACAUUGUUCAUCAGAUCACUGAUCAGGGAGGUUGCUGGCUUUGCUCCUUACGAGAAGAGAAUCACUGAGCUUCUCAAGGUUGGUAAGGACAAGAGGGCUCUCAAGGUCGCUAAGAGGAAGUUGGGUACCCACAAGAGAGCCAAGCGAAAGAGAGAGGAGAUGUCUAGUGUUCUCCGUAAGAUGAGGUCUGGUGGUGGUGGUGUUACUGAGAAGAAGAAAUAAACAUGUUAAGUCUUCUAUGUUAUUGGAGUAUUAAGUCCUUUUGUUCGCUCUUGCUAAUCAGCUUUAUAUGCUCAAAAGACCUUUAUGCUGUGUUUUGUUAGAAAUAUGGAUUUAAUGUUUGCUUCACUAUGUUCUAUUAAAGCUUUUUUGAACUUGUUAA